AUGGCAGCAGAGCAAGUUUUCGCCAUGAAUAGUGGUGCCGGCAAAGCUAGCUAUGCAAACAACUCCUCACUUCAAGAAAUCGUGAUUUCCAAAGUAAAAGCCAUAAUAGAAGAGAAAGCCUUGGAGGUUUACUGUAAUACUCUCCCAGAAUGUAUGAGAAUAGCUGAGUUGGGUUGCUCUUCUGGGCCAACUGCUCUAACUGCUACAUCUUACAUUUUGGAUGUUGUUAUGUCCCACUGCUCGAGCCAAAUGAAUAAGAACAAGUCAUUGACAUUCCAAGUGUUCCUCAACGAUCUUCCUGGGAAUGAUUUUAACAACAUUUUUCAAUCACUUUCGAGCUUCUAUGAGAGGCUGAAAAUUCAUAAAAAAGGAGACUUAUUUGAUCCUUUUUGUUUUGUCAUGGCCAUGCCGGGAAGCUUCUAUGGAAGGCUUUUUCCUAAUAACUCCUUGCACUUAAUUCAUUCUUCUGUAGUUUGA